AAACGUCGACAGGAAGUUUAUCCCAGGCGUCUAUAAAGACGCUUCCUGUGCUCUUCUUGAAAGAAACAUACUUUGAAACAUUCAUGGCUUAACGCCACACAAAGGUACACGACGCAAAUAAACAGCUGCCCAAGAUGAAUUACGUACCGGGCACGGCCAGCCUCAUUGACGACAUCGACAAGAAGCACCUGGUGCUGCUCCGAGAUGGCAGAACGCUGAUCGGGUACCUCAGAAGCAUUGAUCAGUUUGCCAAUUUGGUUUUUCAUCAGACAGUCGAGCGCAUCCACGUGGGGAAGAAAUUUGGUGACAUCCCCAGAGGAAUAUUCAUAGUGAGGGGAGAGAAUGUGGUCCUGCUGGGAGAGAUAGACGUGGACAAGCCCUGCGACACGGUCCUGCAGCAAGUUUCCAUCGAAGAGAUUCUGGAGGAGCAACGGUUGCAGCAGCAAGCCAAACAGGAGACGGAGAAAGUCAAAAUGCAGGUCCUGAAGGACCGAGGCCUUUCCAUCCCCAAAGCUGAUAACUUGGACGAAUACUAGCACCGCCUUCGUUUUUCUUGAGCCAGUUUCUCAGUUUGUAUGGGACUCCUGAGUUUUAUUUUGAGAGCGAGCAUGACUUGUUUUGUUUUUUUUAUGUGUACAUGGUUGCAUCAUGUCGGGCCUAUUUACUGUAGUGUACUGUAUGAAUUUAAUUUGAAUUGGCAGGAAGAAGAAAACAAAAUGAUGGGUGCUCUCAGUUUUGCAGUUCAUGGUGGCGAAGUGAUAAUUCCAUAUGUUUGAUCACUAUGUUGGCAAUUUAGCAAUUAUUUUACAGCAGCACUUUCUAUCCACGACAUGGUUAAUUUUUUAUUUGGGGAUACGCUAUUGACAAAAACGACUUGCUGUGCUCCAUUAAAGAGUUUGUCUUUAUGGAGGAUAUGCUUGGAAAAAAAAAUGGUGUCCUCACAUUUUUUGACCACGUUGCCCAUUCAGCUUUACUCUCGCAUUUGUAUUUAAUGCAUCAUUAUUAGGUUAAACAAUGUUCAGGUAAACUUGGGUCAGUAGGACCUUGUGGCCCUGUGUGAUGGAGCCACAGUCACAGCAUGCAGACCGCGUUUGCAGUGUCGCAUCAAACAUUUCAGACUGAUCCUUUGCAUCUGUUUGGAAAGGGCGUAAUUGAUUUUGGUAAUUCAGUUAUGGCCGGCGGGAUAUCAGUGCAUCAGACAGCCUCAUGUCCUGUGUAUGGAGAUAACAGGACUGGAGAACUCUGUCCGAUCUGCUUUCACUAGUUAAUAAGCGUGUUAAUCGUUUGGACGGAUACAGUGAGUUAAUAUCAAACCGCAUCCUGUGUCCGCUUCAGUGCGGCCUUUACACCGGCUUCGCCCACAGUGCGGUGGGCCUGCGGGAGGGGGGGUGGGGCUCUAGAGUUAUCAUGAAACGGAUUAAAUGUUGUUGUUUUUUACUUUGUACAGUAUACAGCAGUCUGCGGAUGAAAAAAACAAAAUUUCACAUGUCAUACAAUUAUUUCUGGCUAAACCUAAAAAUGCAACUCUUGCCUUUAGGAAAAGAGAGCUGGACUUGGUCAUAUAUAUAUAUAUAUAUAUAUAUAUAUAGUUUUUUUUAGGGAACCUUAUCAGGGACAGGAUUCAUUCUAAUACAAAGGAAGCACAGUUAAUAUGUCAAUUUUGAUCAUGAUCAUUUCAAGACUCUUACAUAAUGCUUUAUAUAUACAGUGCUGCUUCCACAUCUUCUGGAAGGAAUGGAAGACACGAACCGUCAGGUCACAAACAACUAAAAUAAUUAUUUAUUUCAAUAACACUAAUAAUAAUGUCAAGUGUUUUGUCAAACACAUUACAUGGGCAUUUCUGGAUGUCAAAGAUUCCCAGUUUCUUUUGUGUCUACAAGGAACAUGCAAACAGACUCCUCUUUAUUAUUAUCAAUACAAACGUGCAAUCACGUGGUUCGACUCUGUUCGCAUCAUAGUGUGUCAGGCAGGUAUGUCAUGUCUUCCUGGGCAGUAAUACACGAGGUCUCCACUGUUGCUUCACAUUAUAUGACAGUGGUUUAAAAUCAAAAAGAAACACAAGAAACCUACCUGUUCUUCUAAGGGGGGUUAUCGAAUCACUUGUGGAGAAAGAAAACGGCAUUUUAACAAUUGUGUUGACAAUAUGUUAGAGGUGCAACAAUUACUCAUUUGGAAGAAAAUUAAUUAUUGCACAAUCCCUUUUUAGAAUCACUUCAGUCACUUAUAAAGCAAAAUGCAAGACAUCUCUGUGGUUUCUCACAAGUAAUGAUUGUAAUUUGAAUAUAUUUGUGUUUUGAGCCGAUUGUCAGAUACAUUUAAAAAUGUAAUCUUGUAAGUAAAACAACAACACUUUUAAAUAU